UUUACAUGCAAUAACAACAAAAUUCAACAUAUUAAUUGAAAAUUGUGAAUACUGAAACUAGGUCCGACAUUGUUUACUAUCAGAUCUAAGUAAUAUAUAGCAGAAUAUAACAAGGUCUUAAACACAUAAACAAAAAUAUCCUGGAGCUUUGAAGAAAGAUAUAAAAACAUCAAUAAUCUGCACACUUAAUUGGCAUCAGAAUUAAAGCAAUAACUUCCUUAAUUCCCAGCCAAAAAAUUCUUUGGCAAUACUGAUCCAGAAUUCAUUUCGACCAGAAAGGCUGGGUUAUAGAAUUAUUUUAAGACUUUACUUUAAAUAGUGGAUGCAGAAUAGUGUCCAACUCUUAAGAAAUUUUUGACUAAAGGAGAAUAGAAAUAAAUCAAGGAUCAACCUCAAUCAUUUAAGGAAGAUUAGGUCAAACAAAAUGAUAUUUAAGGAAAUGCAUCUUCAAAAGAAAAAAUUCAACAGCAAAAAUAAAUUGAAAAUGAGAGAAUAAAAAAAGAAUUAAAGGAUAAGUUGGGUGCAGCCACUUAACAAAUCAAGUCAAAGUUUGUUGAUCUAGGCAAUUUAGUCAACCCUCCAGAUGAGCAUGACAUCAAAAAGAAGAGAGCACACUAUGAUCAAAUUCGCUUAGACCUUAAAGUAUUUUAGAGUAUAUAUUCUUUAGAAUUUUCAAACUAAUAUAGACAUUCCUAAGCCAAGUGCAUAAUCAAAAAUGAUGAUUGCCUAAUCGACAAUCGAGCAAACAUAACCAAAAUUAAUAUAGUUGAUCUCAUAAUUGCAAGCUGGAGUAGAAAGCAUCAUAAGCAUUUGAGUAUUAAAAAAUAUCAAUUAUAUUUAAUUAUUGGAACGGU